GUCGAACUUAAAAUGUUACUUUGGAGUACAACUUCCCAAUUUGCUUUCUAGGGCCGCAUCGCUCGUUAUCUUUCAAAUCGCCGCCGAUACUCACGACCGGUCGUUUCUUGCUGAAGCUUCAUCAAUCGCUCGUGUCUGUGUCCCUGACCGGAGGCCCGGAAGCUUUUUCUGCAGGAGCUUCCAAAAUCUAAACCACCGUUGCUCGGUCCUUCAGCCAUUUAUUCAAGUCAAGCGCUUCUCCUUCCAAGCACAGUACAGCUGCCUCAAGCUUGUCCUCCGUCAACCGAUUUACCACCAACUACCGCUAGACACGAUGCAACCAUCCAUGAAGGUUUGAACAUUGUUACCGCCAAUUUACGUAGUCGCAUAUCAAACGGAGGAAUUUCACGGUUGUUUGGGGGGCACUGGGGGCGCUUAUUCCAUCACUACUCGAGAGUGGUUAUUGUCAUCUCGAUGAUAUUCACUGCCGAACAUUUUUCAUCCAACCCCUGAAAACAAGACCAAAUGGUUUCAGAAGCUCUUCAAAAGAGGGUGAAUGGAGAGGCUGAAGUAAAUCUUCAGAAGCAAGGCGAGCAACACCCAUGUCAUAGUUUGAAUGGAAGAUGUGGAAAAUCAGGCUCUGAAAGAAAGAGUGUUAGAUCUUGUCCAGAUGAUAGUUGUCGAGAAGAUAAUACAGGUGUAGCUUCUUAUAAAGAUGUACCAAGCAGUGUAGAUAUAGAUGUGCAACCUGAUUCUUUGCGUAAGAAGACAAGAAAACAGAGAGAAAUAAGCUUCCAAGAUAUGUGUAACAACGUGGACAUAUUUGAUGAUGGUGAUGAGGAUGAUGAGGAUGAUAGUGACUGGGAACCGUUACAGAAACUCAGGGAAAUAGUGAAGUGGUUCUGUACCAAUUGUACCAUGGCCAACCUUGAUGUUGCCGUACACUGUGACUCAUGUGGUGAACACAAAGAAUCCGCAAUUCUCAAGCAUGGGUUUUUUGCUCCUUCAUUUGUACAAGAUUCAAAUUUAUUAAAGACUGAGCUUGAAAUGAAAAGAACUGAUAAAGCCAUGGUUUCGCAAGUAUCAACAUCUAAUAGUUCCACAGCAAUAGGCUUUGAUGAGAGAAUGUUGCUGCAUUCUGAAGUUGAAAUGAAGUCACACCCACACCCAGAAAGACCGGAUCGUCUGAGGGCUAUUGCUGCUAGCUUGGCUACAGCUGGAAUCUUUCCUGGAAGAUGCUAUCCAAUCCCAGCUAGAGAAAUUACCAAAGAAGAACUAGAGAUGGUUCAUUCCCCGGAGAACAUUCAAGCUGUUGAGGUUACAAGCAAUGUUAUUUCUUGUUAUUUUACACCUGACACAUAUGCAAAUAAGCAUUCGGCACAGGCUGCUAGGCUUGCUGCAGGUUUAUGUGCCGAUCUUGCUUCAGAAAUCGUUUCUGGUCGUGCCAAAAAUGGUUUUGCUUUGGUUCGUCCUCCUGGCCACCAUGCAGGUGUUAAACAAGCCAUGGGGUUUUGCCUCCAUAACAAUGCGGCAGUUUCUGCAUUGGCUGCUCAGGCUGCUGGUGCUAAGAAGGUGUUAAUAGUUGAUUGGGAUGUUCAUCAUGGAAAUGGAACACAGGAAAUAUUUGAGCAAAAUAAAUCGGUCUUGUAUAUAUCUUUACAUAGGCAUGAGUUUGGUAGAUUCUAUCCUGGAACAGGAGCUGCUGAUGAGGUUGGCACUAUGGGAGCAGAAGGAUAUUGUGUAAAUGUUCCUUGGAGUCAGUCAGGAGUUGGUGAUAACGAUUACAUUUUUGCAUUUAAGCAAGUUGUGCUUCCCAUAGCUUCUGCUUUUGCUCCUGAUCUCACUAUCAUAUCAGCAGGGUUUGAUGCUGCUAGGGGUGAUCCAUUGGGAAUGUGUGACGUAACUCCUACCGGGUAUGCACAGAUGACUCAGUUGUUGAAUACCGUCUCUGGUGGGAAGCUGCUUGUUAUACUGGAAGGCGGCUAUAAUCUCCGUUCCAUUUCAUCUUCAGCUACCGCAGUUAUCAAGGUAUUGCUGGGUGAAAGUCCUGAAUGUGACUUGGAUGAUCACUUACCCUCCAGGGCUGGGAUGAAAACUGUAUUAGAUGUGCUUGCGAUUCAAAAAAAUUUCUGGCCGGUGCUGGAAUCUAGCUUUUCAAAACUGCAGUCACUAUUGGAGAUAUUUGCCACCGAGAGAAGAGGGAAAGUAAAACCAUGUAAGCAGAGAAGACGUGCUGUCGUGGCUCCGAUAUGUUGGCAAUGGGGUCGAAAGAGGCUGUUGUAUCAUCUACUAAAAGGGCAAAUCCGUGUAAGAUCAAAGGGAUGCUAACUUAUUAUUUUGUGUUUUUAAUUUUAUUCCAUCCUCAUUCCUCGUAAUUUUGUAUCUUUGUAUGCCCAUUUAGUGUCAGGUUCCUUAGAUAUUAUUACCUCUUGUUUUGCUUCGUGGUACGUUUCUGAUAGUAAUUGCUAGUUGGAGGCUUAGAAUUUUUAUACUAUUCAGAAAAUGUAACUUCACUCCUAUUUUUGUCCA